AUGUCCAACACCAAAUCCAUCCCCAAUCCGGAGCGCGCCAAAAAGCCAGCCAAUAUCUAUUACGUAGUGCCAUAUUUCGCACGUGUCCUAUGUUCCUACGUCUUCAUCGGUUCAUUCACAUUGGCCUGGGUAGCUGACUACCUCACACUAUCUGGCAAAAUAUGGAUGUGGACCGCGUUUGCAUUAUCCUGCGCGCUAGCGAUCGCUAUACAUCCGACUAUCGCCACCGAGAAGAUCAAAUUCGAUGAAAAAGGGUGUCCCGUGAAAGUACGGCGCCCGCUGGUUGGAUUUAAGAAAUGGGAAUACAUAUUGGAUGUGGAAGGUAUUGAGAAUGGACAUUAUGAGGAUCUUGAUGGACAAGGGAAUACUGACCCGAGAAUUCAUGAUGGGUAUCGGUAUACAUUUGCUUGGAUUCGGAUCUAA